AUGGAUGAAGGCCUCUGCAUGAUUUGCUACGGUGCCAUCGGCAACGUGGAUGGGGCAGCCCUCGAGCCCUGUGAGCGGGAAAGUCUUGAAGGACCCGAGGAUGGCGAAGCUGGGAAUGCAUGCCCUCCAGUGCACCGUGCAUGCUUGUCGAAGUACUUGAUCAUCCAGGCUGAAGAAGGCAAGUUCCCUUGCACUUGUCCGUUUUGCCUACGGCCACUCUCUGUCCGCGAAGUUCAUGAGAAUCUCUCUCCCCGCUCAUGCCGAGUCUGGCUACGGAUGCAUAGCCUGUGGCGUGAAUUGCGGGAGUGUCCUGGGCCAGAGACAAACGCCAAAGGCGUAAACACCGACCCUGACCUCUUCCAGGAGGUGAGGAUGAUGCAGGAGCUUGGGUAUAAACGGUGUCCCGCAUGUGGGGUGUGGAUUCAGAAACAAGAGCCAGGUUGGCUCACUGGAUGUGACAAGAUGACCUGUCGAUGUGGAGGUCGCUUCUGCUAUCGAUGCGGCGCAGUGGAAGCGCUGUGCGGCUGCAGUUUGGGGGAUCAUGAUUUCAUAGAACAGGAGUCCGUCACCGCUGAUUAUACAGACUUGCUGCUGCCCUGGCCCAUCUCGGAACUUUUCAGGGAGUCGGCUGUUGGAACUGGCCAUUCCACAAGCACGUCUUCUUCUUCCAGUGCUGUUUGCGACUCAAGCAGUGUCCAAGGAGAGGCCAACGAAGUACCCCUCGAAGGACGCCAGCUGGGCGCAGAUGAGACGGUGCUGCACAACGUGGGCGCGGGCAUCACCGCUCCAUCUCUUGGCACAGAUUGGCUUUCGCCUCGCCGCCCCAUGAAUGGCAAUUGGUGGGUUCAUGCCUACUUGGAUCCUGAUGCUUUGCCUCGCGUCAAUACGCAGCUCCCACUGCCAGCCAAGAUGAUGCAGAAGAGCUUCAAGGGAUUCAAGGCAGGAAAGGCAGGACUGAAGUCUGUUGAUGUGGACGAUAUGUUUUCAUCAUAUUUGCCUUCGCAAGUUUGGCUCUUAGCGGGGGGGCCGCAAGAGGACUCGGCUGGGUCGAUGGGUGUGCAAGGGCGGGCAACAGGCCCUGAGCAGGGCAUUCCUUGGGAUUCUAGGAUGUUCUGUGCCGAGAGCCUUGGCCAGGAGCUAGUGCAGAAGAAAUGGAAUGGAGUAUCGAUCAUUGAAGCACUGAAGUUCAAGCUCAAGGAGUAUGAAGCUCGAUACGGGGUUUUUGACGAAAACAAGAAUCGUCAUGGAGACAAGGAGCUGGCAAUCUUGCAAAAGGUGGUGGAAGAUGGUGAGGUGGCCGAGAGUCUGCAACCAUCGGAGCGAGCCACGUUGCAUAUUCUUCAGCAUGGUUUGCGCGACUAUAUCGAUUUUGCUCUGGAUGAGUUGGGUCGGCACGCGCGCGUGGUCAGCACCGUGACGGACGAGGAGGAGUUUGCAUGGAGCAGACAAGGCGACCCAACCUACAAUCCUUGCUUGAAGUGCUCCAUAGCGGAGAAUGCCGUGGGCGACGACAUGGAUCGAACUUCACCCCCGAAAAUGUUUUUUGAUCAGCUGACUCGCGUGGCCGAGUUUGGUGAGGACGCAUGGUGGUUCACAUCUCCGGCCCCUGGUGGAAGGGCCUUCACGGCGGCUGAGAAGCGUGCAUUCUUCGAGGAGAGACAGGAUUCAGAAGCCCCGGUUGCAAGCCAGACGUCCUGGUAUGAUCCAUCAGCACCCUCCGAAAGGUUCAGUCUGGUCUGA